AGUGCGGCGCGGGGCGGGGCGGGGCGGGCCGGUGCGCCUGGCAGCUGGCUGCGUCCUCCUGCGAGCGCUGGAGAGGGGCUGGAGGCGGGGCGGGGGCGCGGCUCCAGGCAUCCCUGCAGGGCGCUCUUCCGAGUCCCUCAGCGCUCUAACCCCACAGGGAAGAAGGAGGGGCCAGCGUCAGUGACGUCAGCGACACCGAGGUGAGCGUGGGCGUCACCAGUGGUGCUCCAUCAGUGCCUAUGGAUUAUGGCAGGAAAAGUAAAAUGGGUCACUGAUAUCGAGAAGUCAGUGCUGAUCAAUAACUUUGAAAAGAGAGGAUGGGUCCAAGUGACAGAAAACGAGGACUGGAAUUUUUACUGGAUGAGUGUGCAAACCAUCCGAAAUGUGUUCAGUGUCGAAACUGGAUAUCGGCUCUCAGAUGACCAAAUAGUCAACCAUUUUCCAAACCACUAUGAACUGACCCGGAAGGACCUGAUGGUGAAGAACAUCAAAAGAUACAGGAAGGAGCUGGAGAAAGAAGGGAGUCCCCUGGCAGAAAAAGAUGAAAAUGGAAAAUACCUCUAUCUGGACUUUGUUCCUGUCACCUAUAUGCUGCCUGCUGACUACAACCUGUUUGUAGAGGAGUUCCGGAAGAGCCCGUCCAGCACCUGGAUCAUGAAGCCUUGUGGCAAGGCCCAGGGAAAGGGCAUCUUCCUUAUCAACAAGCUCUCACAGAUCAAAAAGUGGUCCCGGGACAGCAAGACGUCUUCGUUUGUGUCUCAAUCUAAUAAAGAAGCCUACGUGAUUUCUCUCUAUAUCAACAACCCGUUACUAAUUGGCGGGAGGAAGUUCGACCUGCGCUUGUACGUUCUGGUGUCCACGUACCGUCCGCUACGCUGUUACAUGUAUAAGCUUGGGUUUUGCCGGUUUUGCACAGUGAAAUACACCCCGAGUACCAGUGAGCUGGACAACAUGUUCGUUCAUCUCACCAACGUCGCCAUCCAGAAACACGGGGAGGACUACAACCACAUCCAUGGGGGCAAGUGGACAGUGAGCAACCUGCGGCUCUACCUGGAGAGCACCCGCGGCAAGGAGGUGACCAGCAAGCUGUUCGACGAGAUCCACUGGAUCAUCGUGCAGUCCUUGAAGGCUGUGGCGCCGGUGAUGAACAAUGACAAGCACUGCUUUGAAUGCUAUGGCUAUGACAUCAUCAUUGACGACAAGCUGAAGCCCUGGCUGAUCGAGGAAAGCAGCUCACAACCUCGGCAGCCCUUGGCCAGCAGGAGCACGCUCCUGAGGGAAGGAACGCCUCUGCUGUUCUUCGGCAUCUGUGAAGGUCGAGUUUGGAAGUGGAUUCCUCUGCCUCUGUCAGUGGGUGGAGAGGACAUCAUGGUGGGUGUCUGUUUAGCACUGCCUCCUGACACCAAGCCUGGCUGGUGCGACCUCAGCCACAGUGGGCGCCGGCGCACUUACCAGAGGCCCCAGCUUCAAACCCACCUUGCCCAACUGUUACCCUGGAGCCAGGAGGAGGAGCUUCAGGCCUCUGAGGGGACAAAAGAACUCCGGCUGUAUUGGUUAUUGGUUCAUCUCCCCACACGCCCUUCCGACCAAGUUCAUUUGCCAGUGCACGGCUCGGGCCCUUCAUCUCGGUCACAUUUUGAGCCAGGACACCUGAGUCCACAAUAGCAGGUUGUAGGGAGUGGUUCCCUGUGGGUAGAGUCAUGGGAACCCCUUCAUGAAGCUGCCGGAAGAGCCAAUGGGAACCCCUUCAUGAAGCUGCCGGAAGAGCCAAGCGAGCUGGUUCCAUCAUGGCAUUUUCCAGGCAACUCCUUAUGCCGCCAAAGCUGGGUGUGUGAGCGGGGAAUAGAUCGCCAGUGUUCGUACUUUCUUGUCCUCCAUGUUAAACAGAAUCACUUGAGGCCAGGUGUGGUG